CUGGGAUGCUGUGAUUGGUCAUCAACUGAUGGGUUUGACCACCAGGACAUUGUCCAAUGGGUAUGGCCAACUGGAACGUUCUCGUUCGUCAUUGGGUGAUGGGUUUGGCCAAUUGGGACACUGAGAUUGGUCAUCGACUGAUGGGUUUGGCCAACUGGAACACCGUCGUUCGUCAUUGGCUGAUGGGUUUGGCCAACUGGAACACCGUCAUUCACCAUUGGUUGAUGGGUUUGGCCAACUGGAACACCGUCGUUUGUCAUUGGCUGAUGGGUUUGGCCAACUGGAACACCAUGAUUGGUCAUCGACUGAAGGGUUUGGCCAACUGGAACGCCGUGAUUGGCCAUUGGCUGAUGGGUUUGGCCAACUGGAACGCCGUCAUUCGUCAUUGGCUGCUGGGUUUGGCCAACCAGGACGUCGUGGUUCAUCAUUGGCUGAUGGGUUUGGCCAAGAGAACGUUGUCCAAUGGGUUUGGCCAUCGGGAACGCCGUCAUUUGUCAUUGGCUGAUGGAUGGUUUUGGCCAACUGGAACACCGUGAUUGGUCAUCGAUUGAAGGGUUUGGCCAACCGGACGUCGGCUGGUGGGUUUGGCCAAUUGGAACACUGUGAUUGGCCAUUGAGGGAUGGGUUUGGCCAACGGAACCU